UGAAUGGUAUGGAUGCAAGGCGUUAUAAGCGCUGUAGCAGCGCUGCAACUUCAAGCAGUGUGCCGGGUACUGCUUGGCCCCGUGAUAGUGCCGAAUUAUUCCUAUCGUCUGCUAUGGCUUCUGUAAUACCGGAGAUACGGAUCUACUCUCCAUCUGAUAAAGGUGACGACACCUCCGACUCCGAGCGCAGCAGAAUAACCGGGGACGCGAGUGACCGUAAGAGUACAAUGCUGUUCCGUGGAUCUUGUGAAGUGUUUUCGGGUGACAGUUUGAACAUGGUGCCCUGGUUAAAUACAUUCAACAUGCGGCCGUUCAAUCUAUCGUGCCUGCCGUCUACCAUGACCUAUCGGCCAUCCUGUCGGUCUCAGUCCGUGGCCAUUAGUCGCGCGAAACUGGGGUGCAUCACGAGUUCCGCGAAAUCGCUGGACGUGCUGCGCCAAAAUUUGCAAAAGAGCAUUAACCGCGAAAUAGACGAAGUACUACAGCGGUAUUUGGAGAAAUUCUUCAAGCCGGGUCUGGAGAACGUGCGCAUCAACAACGGCGAGCAUUCGAUAUCGGAGCAGCAUAUCCAAGCCGUCUGCCGGCAGAUCUUGGAAGAAGCCAAGAAGAUGUACCACGGGAGCUACACUCGGGGAAAUAGCCCGACCUCGGACUACAACAUCGACUCUGGUCGCAACAGUCCAUCGGACCUCAGGUUGGGUAGACUUCUAGGUAAGCAUGGGGUGACGGGCCGCAAGAAACGCGACAACUCGGACUCCGACUCUGAAGCGAGUUUGCAGCUGGUGAAGAAGAAGAAGAAAGGGCGUCCACCGCUGCACCAGGGCGGAGUGCUUUCUGGUCGCUCGACGCCAUGCAAGCUGAAGGCGGAUGCGGUGAAGCGGGAAGGUCCAAAGUGGGAUCCGGCGCGACUGCAGCCCACCUCUCAAUUCAUAAUGGGUGCUAAGGCGAACAAGGCGCUGGGUUUGGGCGCCACGCGAGGUCGUCUCUACAUCAAGCAUCCGGAGGUGUUCAAGUACUCCGGCGACCAGGAGGACAAGCAGUGGCUGUACGAGCACAACCAGAUGCCAGCCACCGGCGGCAAGGCGUACAUGCUGCUCGUUGAGGACAUUCGCGAGUUGGCUGAGACGGACGAAUACCGCGGCAGUCCGGGGCUCAUGCUGGAUGAGAUCGUCGGCUUCUCCGUGCCGGAGAGCAUGCUGGCUAAGAUGCAGGCCGCCAUGCUCGCCAUGAGGACCGACUUGCCGGCAGGGUCGCGUCGUCGUGGGCCACGGCCCAGUGGCGACCCGCGGCACGACGACGGUUCGGCGUCGCCCGCUGAGGAACCACUGGGAGCGUCGCCUUUCGGUCAGGGCUUCGAAGACGUCUCGCCCGCUGCCUCGGACGUGAGCGCCACGUUGGAGCCGCCCCUGACUGCUCCCUUCGAGCUCGUCUUGAGUCCAUGAGUACUGUGCACGUUUGUUGCAGGGCUACAUACUCGCAGUGUCUACGAUAACCUAGAAUAUUGAAUGGGGGGGUUUCGACCCCCUCCCACGCCUAACCGUGCGUGGCUUUGCCGUGUCCGGGGGAAAGG